AUGGAAGAUAUUUAUAGAGCGUCGUCAGCCAAUGAAGAAUGGAACUCUGUUUAUGUUAGUCAAAAAGCUCCUCCGGUCAUUAAUCCGAAGCCAAUUACAUGGGAACCUCCCCCUAUGGGUUGGUUAAAGUGUAACUUCGAUUGUAGUUUCAGAAAAGAAAGUAACAGUGUUGGGAUUGGGUGGAUUAUAAGAGAUGCUAACGGUGUGUUUGUGUAUGCGGGAAUGGCUCGUGUAAACAAUGUCUUAAAUGCUUUCCAGGGAGAAGCUCUUGCGUUUUUGUAUGCAAUGCAUCAAGUGUGGAUCCGAGGAUGGAGACAAGUCUGGUUUGAAGGGGAUAGUAUGGAGCUAACUUGUGUUGUCAAUCAGGUGGUUCCUCGUCAUGCUCAACUUGGAAAUGUGCUUCAUGAUAUUCGUCAUUGGAUGUCUUUAUUAUCAGAAUGUUCUUUGGGUUCUGUCAAUCGGGAAAGAAUAUGGAAGAACACGAGGAUGUCAUAUGUUAUUUAA